UCGGACAUUUCACUACAUGGCAAUCUACAAUGUCGGGUAACACAUAUAUGCAGGUGUAACUUCCAGUGAUGUUUGCGGCAACUAUUCCGUAAUCAUCUGCUGACAAACCUCAAUUUCCCCAGCAACCAUACAAGGCAAGCCAGUACAGGUUGGGAAAAACCACAAAGUCCCCACGUCGAGCCCCAACGUAUAGGGUAGACAUUCUUUCUAUCUGCUACGCUGGCAAGUUACAACUCUUUUCCAAUCCGAACCAUCGCAUACUCAAGUCCUACACAGUCAAUCCUCGGUUCGAGAUCCAUUCGUUCCAUCAGAAUGGCCACCUACGUCGUCACCGGAGUUUCCAGAGGCAUUGGUUACGGCUUCCUUACCUUCCUGACCAAAGAUCCGAACAACACCGUCAUUGGAAUCGUCCGAGACAAGGCUGGUACCCUCAAGAAGAUAUCCGAAGACCCGGAGUUGAAGGGACGGUCUAACUUCCACAUUGUGGAGGGCGACCUAGCCAGCUAUGACUCUUUGAAGAAAGCUGCCGCUGAAACCGCCAGCAUCACCGGCGGAAGCAUCGACUACCUUAUUUCCAACGCAGGUUACAUCCCGCUUUUCGAUGCGUUUGACCCUAUCGACUAUCUGGUUUCCAAUAAGCCCAAGGAGACGGAGGAGGAGCUGAAGAAGGUGUUGAACACCAACGUCAUCGGACAAAUCCAGCUCUUCAGCCUGUUCAUUCCCCAGAUUCUCAAGGGCAAGGCCAAGAAGGUCGUCACCCUGACGUCUGGUCUAGCGGAUCUGGACUUCACCAACCAAUUCGACGUCUUUACCGGCUCCCUAUACUCCAUCAGCAAGGCCGCCAUGAACAUGGCCGUCGCCAAGUUCAGUGCUCAGUACAAAGAGGACGGCAUCCAUUUCAUAAGCAUCUGUCCGGGACUUGUCGAUACCGGCCUCUACAAGGACUCAUCCGAAGAGGAUCUUGCGAAGCUAGGCGUGUUGAUGGGCAAGUUUGCGAAGUACAAGCCUGACUUCUCCGGCCCAGUCACCACGGAAACCUCGGUUCAAGAUGUGAAGAGGGUCUGGGAGACGACCAGCAUCGAAAAUGGAGACGGCGGCGCCUUCCUGUCGCAGUACGGCAACAAGACAUGGCUCUAACGAGUUGACGAACUUGACAUGGUUUAACAUCCAUAUAUUCUGACGUCUGCAUGUUUUGAGGUCUAAGGACUAUUCAGAUAGCUCAAUUCCAUACUUCGUUGCUCUUCUAGACUUGGAGAUAUUGGUGU